CUGACCUCACAGCUGAUCUCGGUGGAUGAAGUGUUUUGCUUUGACCGUUCAUCAUUUUCAUGUUCAUGUAGCCAUUUCUGGUUAGCAUCGCUGUAGAGUAGCAUAGCCACCGUCGUCCACCGUAGCAAGCCACCAUGGCCCAGGCCGCACAGGCUAAUGCUUUCGACCCAAACACCUCUCAGAUCCAAGUGGAGCACGAUAAAAAGCGUCGGCAGUUUGUUAUAAGACUAAAUGGAUCUCAUGAUCGUGCGGUUCUUCUGUACGAAUACGUUGGGAAGAAGACGGUGGACUUGCAACACACUGAAGUUCCAGAUGCUUACAGAGGGAGAGGAAUAGCCAAGCACCUGGCCAAGGCAGCGAUGGAUUUUGUGGUGGAAGAGGAUCUGAAAGCCCACUUGACCUGCUGGUACAUUCAGAAAUAUGUCAAAGAGAAUCCUCAGCCUCAGUACUUUGAACAUAUUUAUCAAUGACCCUACAUGGCGCUCUGCCAGAGAAAAGACGGAGAAAGAGACUCCAAGGGGAUAAAUACUGUUUGGCAACAUGCUUUGGAGUUACAGGAUGAUAAUACAACAAAGGACCUUCCAGGCAUUGUUAAUCAUGACAUUGAGCAACUCUGGAGACAAAUGAUCUCACAGGAAAUACGUCUGUGAGCUGAACGCUGGGUCGACGGGUCGGUCACGUCCAUAACACGGGGAUACACACUCACCAGAAACAGGAAGUGAAUCAGCUGGUCACGACUUGUAAAACCAUGAGCGAAUCAACUAACCAAAGCUGAAGCCCUGUUACCUCAGACAGAAACCUUCAGGACGUACACCAGUCGCUGGCUGGGAGCAAGGGUUAGGCAUGUAAUGAGAACAGAUGUGAGUCAAAAUCGUAUGUUGCAAAUGUUCUGUCCUCCGGUGGCCUCGCUGGUUGUGAGCAGCGCUACCAGAUGACCAACCCAGGCGUCUUUCUCUGCAAUAGUUUGGACUGGAGCAACGGUGACUUCACUGUUGCACAAACUGUGAUGACUUUUAUAUUUUGACCCACUUUUGAUAUUCUAUGGCUUUUUUUUGUCUUAUUCUUUCAAUUUGCUUUCCCACCUUUCUUAUAAAUUGUGCUCAUUUAGAAUACUAACUGCAACAUCAAGAAAAGUUUGUUUUAUUUUAGGUGUCGGCAUAAAUUUGGUGGGUAAAGGGUCCUUUUUAAAAAAUAUAAUCUAUAUUUUGCAGACAUUUAUUUUCCCAAACUCUCAAUUUGUGCUCCAGCGUUACUGUAUCCACUUCCCUUUCUUCCAGCAGCUGUCCAUUAUCGGAGGAGUCAUAAUCGAUUAAUAAAAGAUGCAGGGACUUGUAAACCAAAGAACACAAACUGAGGAUGUCUAACUCUGGAGCUGCAAUCCUGAAUAAGCCUCAAGAUAAAACUCAUUAUGUUCCUUACUGUACAUGUUAAAUGUUAUCAACACACGGGAUAAAUUGGGUCUGGAGCUUGUCACUGUGGUACAACGCCUCAGUGUGGCUAUGGAUAAAUAUCUUUAGCUUAAACCAGCAUUUCAAACACAGCACUGCUACAUUCAGGGCAAUUACAAUCCACAGUGUCCACCAUCCUUUUGUACUGUCAUUCAGGGAAAUGACGCUGGUUGGUUGAAGCUCAAAAGUCAUUUGAUCUGUGUUGUUGUUUCUCUCUCUUACCCACAAGGCUUCUUUUGCCAGCUCGUGUCAAAAUGAUAAAGGUCAUCAUAGAAGAAAACUUGACAACUGAAAUAAAAAGGAUGACUGUGGUUCCUCUUUUUGGCUCUUCAGGAGCUUUUUGCUGUUGACAAUCUUAAGUGUUGAGGAGAAAAACACUUCAGGUUACUCAACACACUCUGGCAGGACAGACCAGAUCCAAUGCAAGGCAGACUCCGUCUGCUCCAAUCACUUAGAGGUAACUGCAGGAAACCACUUUCCCUUUAUAAGACAUUCCUUUAGGUGACACUCACCUAUUGAUAGGCCAAGGUAUUCAAGGUGUUAUUUCAUUUUUUUUGUUUAUAUUUGUGUGUUUUAUUGAAAGUAAGCAUUGAGCAGGUGACUUCCUUUUUCCCCCAUUCUUGUCUAUAAAUAAAUAAAUAAAUAAAUCAA